UGCUGCCAAGGCGACUGGGUCGUCGCGCGCGGCGCCGCCGCCGCCGCGGUGGCGCUCAUGGAAAAAGACGACCACGCGCGAUCGAACGCGCGGCUGUGCGACCUCGCGCGGUGCCUCGGCGCGACCGCGUACGCGCACCUGGGCCACUGGGAGUCCGCGCUCGCGGCGGCGACCGCGCUGGCGGAACACCGCCGACGACACGCGGAGAUCGGUCCGUGGAUCCUCGCGUUGCGCAUGGCGUCGAUGACGGCGAUGAAGGCGCGUUCUAUACACUGGUUCCCAUACGACCGCGUCGGCGUGGUGAACGCCGAUCCUUAAGGACUUUUCCCGUCGUCUCUCUCCGCCCAGGGUCCCUCGCUUUCAAUCCCCGCCCGCGAUGCCUUUCAACUCCAUCUGACGCCUUUGAACUCCACCCCGACAUCGCUUCGUAUGGAACGACCCUGAAGAACCCGCACGGCGCUGUGAGCCUAUGGCGCGAAGCGCUCGAGCACGCGCCGCUGAAGGGGCUGCGGCUCGGCGCGGACGAGUUCCAGGGCUCCGACGCGGUCGCGCGCGGGGACUCGAACAGAGGCGGCGGGCGGACGGUCUUCACGGGGGAUUACACGCCGUCGCUCGCGAAUUAUCGCGACUCGCGCGUCGGCGCGGGCGCCUCCGGGGGGGUGAGGUACGAAGCGGAGCGCGUCGAUCGAGGGUCCGCAUUCGACGCGGAGAGCGGAUGCGCGGCGCCGGACACCGUGUUUGCCGCGAAAGACAUGCCCGCGUUGGUCGCGUGUCGCGCGUUCGCCGCGCAGGCGCUGUGGGCGUCGGGCGGCUCCAAGUCUCGAGACGAGUCGUGUCGGAUGGCGGAUCAGCUCUGCGACCAGCUGCACUCGCUGCACUCGCCGACGCACGUGCUGCUGCCGUCCGCGGCGCUCGCGAUCGGGGAGACGGUGGCGAGGGCGUGUCACGUGGGGAAGAUCACGAAAAAGCGCGGGCGGCGGAUGCUCGCGGAGAUUCACGCCUUCUUGGCGCGCAGAGCGGAGCAGCUGUUGCCGUUCUCGUCGCAACUCGCGGAGCGGCUGAAGGAAGUCGCGCCGCCGGGGUAUUUAUGAUUUACGUCGCUCGAUAGAAAAGGGAAGUCGAGGGAUGACGAGGGAUGACGGGGUCAUGAUAGGACUAGGGUAGCCCUGACACCCUGGGAAGGGCAUUGAUAUCUUUUGGUAUUCUUUUAAUACUACUAAGUUGUUAUGAU